UUGAUAAAAAAGUUCUUUGCACAAAAGUUUAGUGUGAAAUAAAUCGUCGUGAAUAAAUAAUUUAUCGACCUCCAUUCACCCUUAAGUGCUGUGAAGAGAGUUCGAAAAAAAAAAGAAAGAAUCGACUAAUACAAAAAAAAAGAAAAUUGGGAAGAUCGCUUUUCAAUUUUUUUACCGAAUUUACCGAUUAAACAAGGAUUUAUCCUCUGAAUAUUUAAUUCACCUCAAACAGAGCAUUGAAUUUUUCUAAAUUUCCUAAAUCAUGAUGCUCCCAAUCGUUGCCUCAACAGCCCGUCGUGCAUUCUCCACUACCACCCGAGCCCUAGCUGCCAAACAAUUGACCGUUCGUGAUGCUCUCAACAGUGCAUUGGAUGAAGAAUUAGCCCGCGAUGAUAAAGUCUUUAUCCUUGGCGAGGAAGUUGCUCAAUAUGAUGGAGCCUAUAAGAUCACAAGAGGCCUUUGGAAAAAAUAUGGUGACAAGAGAGUAAUCGACACUCCGAUCACUGAAAUGGGUUUUGCAGGUAUUGCUGUUGGUGCUGCCAUGGCUAAUCUUAGGCCAGUUUGUGAAUUUAUGACAUUCAACUUCGCCAUGCAAGCCAUUGAUCAGAUUAUCAACUCAGCAGCCAAAACAUUCUACAUGUCGUCUGGUGUUGUUAAUGUGCCCAUUGUAUUCCGUGGACCAAAUGGAGCUGCUGCUGGUGUAGGCGCUCAGCAUUCACAAUGCUUUGCCGCAUGGUAUGCCCACUGCCCUGGACUUAAAGUAAUCUCACCCUACGACUCAGAAGAUUGCCGUGGUCUAUUAAAAGCCGCCAUCCGUGAUCCCGAUCCAGUUGUAUUUCUGGAAAAUGAAUUGCUCUACGGUGUUCCAUAUGCGGUAGAUGACAAAGUCAUGGAUAAGGAUUUCGUAUUACCCAUUGGCAAGGCGAAAAUCCAAAGGCCUGGCAAAGAUGUAACGAUCGUUGCACACUCAAAGGCUGUAGAAACAGCUUUGUUAGCUGCCGCCGAAUUGUCCAAAAAAGGCAUCGAAGCUGAAGUUAUUAACCUCAGAUCAAUUCGUCCAUUAGACGUAGACACUAUUUUUGCUUCUGUGAAGAAAACACACUUUUUAGUUACAGUUGAAAAUGGAUGGCCAACAAGUGGUGUUGGAGCAGAAAUCUGUGCACGUGUAAUGGAGGAUGAAACUUUCUUCCACUUAGAUGCACCCGUGUGGCGAGUAGCUGGUGUUGAUGUACCCAUGCCAUACGCAAAAACACUUGAAAUACACGCAAUUCCACAAGUCAAAGAUGUUGUUGCAGCCGUGACCAAAAUUCGCGGAAACAGGAAAUAAUACAAAACGAGCUACGGAAAUUUAAAUUAAAUUUUAUUUGUUAUUAGUGGAUAUGAGAAGAUGCAGUUAUCCCCUUCGGAUUUGUAUAAAUAAAUUAUUGUACAAUAUUUUUUGCUUUCGAACAAUCGGAAACAAUCAAAAA